UCAUCAAAAUAUACACACUAAUUAUCAAUUAUGGAUGAAGAAUACGAUGUUAUUGUUCUCGGCACCGGCCUCAAAGAAUGCAUUCUCAGCGGCCUUCUCUCCGUCGACGGCCUCAAAGUACUACACAUGGAUAAAAACGACUAUUAUGGAGGAGAGUCAAGCUCACUUAAUUUAAUUCAGCUUUGGAAACGAUUUAGGGGAAAUGACCAGCCACCUGAAGAGUUAGGUACGAGCAAGGAAUACAAUGUUGACAUGAUUCCAAAGUUUGCAAUGGCAAAUGGAACUCUGGUCCGUGUGCUUAUCCACACCGAUGUUACUAAGUACUUGAACUUCAAGGCUGUAGAUGGUAGUUUUGUGUACAAUAAAGGGAAGAUCUACAAAGUUCCAGCAACUGAUGUUGAAGCUCUGAAAUCCCCGUUGAUGGGGCUCUUUGAAAAGCGCCGAGCUCGGAAGUUUUUUCUUUAUGUUCAAGAUUUUGAAGAGACUGAUCCGAAAACUCAUGAAGGGAUGGAUUUGAACAAAAUCACUGCAAAAGAAUUCAUUGCGAAAUAUGAACUUGAAGAUGAUACCAUUGACUUUAUUGGACAUGCCUUGGCACUCUGUACAGAUGAUAACUAUUUGGCCCAACCAGCUAUGGAUUUCAUAAAGAGAGUAAAGCUUUAUGCAGAGUCUUUAGCACGCUUUCAAGCAGGAUCCCCCUAUAUUUAUCCAUUGUACGGACUGGGUGAAUUACCGCAGGCGUUUGCACGUCUGAGUGCAGUUUAUGGUGGAACUUACAUGCUUAACAAGCCGCAGUGUAAGGUGGAGUUUGAUGAAGGUGGAAAAGUUGUUGGUGUGACUUCUGAAGGAGAAACUGCCAAAUGCAAGAAAGUUGUUUGUGAUCCCUCAUAUUUACCUGAUAAGGUCCAGAAGGUUGGAAAAGUUGCCCGUGCAAUUUGUAUAAUGAGCCAUCCCAUCCCUAACACCAAUGAUUCUCAUUCAGCCCAGGUCAUUCUACCGCAGAAGCAACUUGGUCGCAAAUCAGACAUGUACCUGUUCUGUUGUUCCUACUCCCACAAUGUCGCUCCAAAAGGGAAAUAUAUUGCCUUUGUCUCAACAGAAGCUGAAACCGAUGACCCCGAGAGCGAACUGAAGCCUGGCGUAGACAUACUUGGGGCUGUCGAUGAGAUAUUUUAUGAAACUUAUGACAGAUUCGUACCUUCACAUGAUUCUGCUGCUGAUAAUUGUUUCAUAUCUAAAAGCUAUGAUUCAACAACACACUUUGAGUCCACGGUGAUGGAUGUGCUAGACAUGUACAGCAAGACAACGGGAAAGGUGAUUGACUUGUCAGUGGACCUGAGUGCUGCAAGUGCUACUGCUGAAGAAUAAGCUUAUUGUAUCCACUUCAUAUG